CUGUUUGAAGUGUGAAAUUAAUUGACUUGGCUUUGUCUUGCAGAACAGUUGACCAGUUGCUAAUGGGAUCGUAUCCACACUUGUUGCCACAUACCCAUAACUGUCUCCAUGGAGCUCAUCCAGGCCACCCAAGUGUCCUUGUUGUCCCAUGUUACCCCUUCAGCAGCAUGGAACAACUACUCCAAUCCCCCAUUCACCCAUUUCCUGCCCCUCUCCACUCCGUCUGAACAGCUUUUGGACUUCAGCGAAAGUGACGGCUCCUUGCUCUUUAACGACACUUGCCAUAACUGCACCAAACCUGAACCAGAGUCACUCCCUGGCUUGGCUGGGAUCUUCAUCCCGCUCAUCUAUGGGAUAGUGUGUGUAGUAGGCCUGGUGGGCAACACUCUGGUCAUCCAUGUGAUUGUAAACUACACCAAGAAUGAGUCAGUCACCAACAUCUACAUCCUGAACUUAGCCAUUGCAGACGAGCUCUUCAUGCUGGGCCUUCCUUUCUUGGCAGUGCAGAACGCUCUCCUCUUUUGGCCCUUUGGCUCGCUGAUGUGUCGAGUGGUCAUGACAGUGGAUGCCUUCAACCAGUUCACGAGCAUCUUCUGUCUGACUGUGAUGUCAGUGGACCGCUACCUGGCUGUGGUGCACCCAAUUCGCUCCUUCUGGUGGAGGCGCCCCCGAGUGGCCAAGGCCAUCAGUGCCACAGUUUGGGCAGGGUCUUUUGUGGUGGUGCUGCCGGUGGUGGUGUUUGCCGACGUGCUGAAGGAUGAUGGGAACUGCAGCAUUGUAUGGCCCGAGCCUGCAGAAGUGUGGAAGACAUCUUUCAUCGUGUACACGUGCACUGUGGGAUUCUUCUGCCCCCUGCUGGUCAUCUGCUUGUGCUACCUGUUGAUCGUCAUCAAGGUGCGCAGCGUUGGAAAACGAGCACAGGCUACAUCUUCUCGCCGCAGAAAGUCAGAGCGCAAAAUCACCAGGAUGGUUGUAGUUGUGGUCGCAGUGUUUGUCCUUUGCUGGCUACCGUUUUAUGCUCUGAACAUCGUCAACCUCCAGGUGGUCCUGCCUAGGGACUUCAGGGGGCUCUACUUUUUUGUUGUUGUGCUCUCCUAUGCGAACAGCUGUGCAAACCCAACUUAUGGUUUUUUGUCUGACAACUUCAAGAGAGGCUUCAGGAAGGCCCUGUGCUGCAAUUCACGUCAUGUUAAGAACAGCAACAGGGCUGCAACUGAGGUGCAUAGACCAACAGAGGAGUGGGGUGGUAUUGCUCUCCAAGUAUUAAAAAGGGAAGGAGUCAUAGAUGUGCAUGGAAAAGACGGCGGUGAAAAGGUGGAAGAGGGGGAAAUCACUGGAACAGAAGGGGCCAUACAGAUGAGUGAAAUAUCCAAAACGUCCCAAAACGGAAACCACCAUGGAGUAACCAAGGGUUCAAAGACACAGGUUGUGCAAAGGGCCAAGUGUGAGCCAGAACACUCUGGACAGAUUGACAAACAUGGAGACCUGGCUGAUGAAGGCCCAGACUUUGAUCCUGCAGAGGCAGUGUCCUCUUCGGCAAACAAAAGUAGAAAUAGGUCACAAGCUGAAGAACUCCCAGACAAAAACUCUGUGCUGGAAAUCAGCUAUCUGUAACAGCUGAUGAACUAUUAUCAGGUUCUUUUGUUAUUUGUCCUUUGCGUGUUAUUUAAAAAUAUAUUGUUUUAAAUAUUACAAACAACUGUUGUGUAGUAAUGAUGGUUUAGAUUUAGAUCAUUUGUGGAGACCGUUUUUAUUAGAGGUUGUGGUGAGAUUUGUUUGUUUUUGCCAUGGUUUUUAGAAAAGGAAAACUGGCUGUCAUGAUAUUGCUUAUGUUGAAGCUAAUGUAAAAAUAACAUAUACGUAUUAAUACAUGCAUUGCUUGGAAAAACAGCAAAGGAAAAUGCCUGCAAGUAUUAUUUGUAAGUCUAAAAAAUAGAGGAACACUGGUGUUUGAAAGACAACUUUUUGGAAGAGUGAAAUUAUUUUGCAAACUCAAAUUCUGGAGCCUUUCAAUGGACAAAGCCCCAAAAUCAUGAUCAAAGAUUUCUUUAUCAUUCUUCUACAUCAAGGAUGAUCUUUUAUUUGUUCCUUAAAAACAACACGAUUUGUUGAAAAUGGCCAACAUUUCAUUAGUCAAUGUAGUGCUUUUGUUGAGCCAUUUUUGAACACCCACGAUGUGUCUGCCAACAUUUUACAUAUCGUUGUAACUUACAUUUUUUAACAACAUGCUUAAGCUUACUUCCUAAAGUGUGUACUCUCUACACACGAUGGUGUAAGUAAGCUUAUACAAAUAUAUAUUGUGGGAUGUAUUGUCUUCAAUGUGCUUCAUAGUGAGAAAACUUCACAAACCUUUGAACAAAUCUGGUGUAUGUUUUAUUCCAAUUAAAUUAAGAACUCAUGUUUAAAAAAAAAGUGAUAUUCUACAAAAAAGAAAGGUCCUGACACAGAAACUUCUGUCAUCCUUAAUAACCAUUCUAUGGGUGAUUUGCAGCCCACACGAUUUCUUCAUUGAUGAAAUAGUAAAACAAAAAUAGGGCCAGCCUGUGUUUGUCAGACUAAUGAGAAGUCUUUAUUUAGAAGGCUCAUGGAUUUCAGUCAAAAGCAUCAGCUGAGUUGCUUACAGUAUGUUACAAAGACAACUUUCCACAUGGGAAUCUGAAUUUAUCCACUUUUUUGUCAGUGAUAAUGAGUAAAUAUUUGUAUUUAGAUUGUGUAUUAUUAGUAGUAUUGUCGAGGAAGUCAAGCCAAGUGUGCUGUGGUGAGAU